CCGAGUUGUGCAGCGAUGCCGUCACGUGACGCUGGGAAAAGAAAUGCCAACAUGGACCCGUGGCAAAGACGGGACGCGAGUGCGCGACGACAAUAACACGACGGAGACGAGAAAUAAAGGCGAAACACGGAGAGCCGUGGACUGCGCCACCUCCGCGAACACUCUCCCCGCUCUGAAGCACGGUCUUUCUGUCUCUUCUUCUGGAUCGAGUUUCCUCUACAUCCCUUCUGCAGCGUUCGGACAGGAUCAAUGGUGUCUCUCAGCAGCAGAAUGCUGAGUUUGGAAAAUGACCUGUUCAGGGACAGCAGCAGCCUCUUCUCCCUUGACCUCGGGGACGGAGACCGCAGCCAGGGGGGCAGUUCGGCCUCCUGCAACAGCCCAGAAGCCAGGGAAGUGGAGGUUCUGCACAGCUCCAGCCCAGGAGAGGAUGAGGAAGAUGAAGAAGAGGAGGAGGAUGAGGAUGGAGAAAAGCGUCUCCAUAUUUUCUUGGGAGAAUUGGGAGAAGGGGAAGCUGCCAGUCAGGAGCCUAAGCUGCCUGAAUUCUCGUUCCACCCCUGUUCCCCGUUCUCCCCAACCUUGGAGGACAUCGAAGAGUUUUUGAGGGAAAAGAUGGAAAUAGUCAAAGAUGGGAUGGUUGUUCCAAAGGAGGAGGCCUCCCCUCAACCAUGCAGCUCCGCUGACCCUCCACCUGCCUCCGCUCUCCCGGUUGCUUCCUCAGAGACUAUCAAUGAUCCAAAGACUGAUGCCUCCCAAUGCACGUCUAGCUCAGAUGCCACUCAAGGCGGGAGAAAUAGCCCCAUUCCAGCUGACCCUUCUUCUUGUGCCCAAGUUAACCCCUCACCACCCACCUUGUCCCCACCGGUGCUCCUGGGUGCUCCUUUGGUGCUCCAACUCCAGCCUCUUCCGUUGGCCCAGGCCCAGAAUCCAGCAGGCUCUCCUGCAGGGGCCCAAAGUGGGAUUUUGCUCACCCAUGUGGUAAUGGGGCUUCAAGGUGCUACAGGACAAAAUGUAACCCUGCUGGCUCCCCAGGUGCCCUCCACCCACACCACUCUGUUAUCACUAAACAGUGGUGAUAACAAGCCAACUGACCAGAAGUAUGUAAAGAUCGCCCCUCUGCCAAUCACUAUGAGGACUCUGGAGAUCACAGGCUUGACUGGGGUCGGGGCCCAUGGAGGCAGUGUGCUAAAAGCAAUGGCUCCUCGGAUGACGAGGGUGCCACCUACUGAAAGGGUCCACAAGUGCUCCCACCCAGGCUGUGGGAAGAUGUACACCAAAAGCAGCCACCUGAAAGCUCACUUCCGCCGUCACACAGGAGAGAAACCCUACACGUGUAGCUGGCCCGAGUGUGGGUGGAGGUUCUCCCGCUCCGACGAACUGUCUCGUCACCGCCGCUCUCACUCGGGCGUCAAGCCUUACGAGUGCUCACUGUGUGAGAAGAAGUUUGCCCGCAGCGACCACCUCUCCAAGCACACAAAGGUCCACCGCAGCUCCAGGCCCAGCAGGAUUAUCAGAGCCACCGUGUGAUACCCUCAGCUGACCUGACCCCUGCCCAGCAUCCACCCACCCACACCUGCUGUGCCUCCCUUGCCCAGCUUCGAUUUGGGCAGUGCGGUGAGGGUCCGGGCCUCCUCAGGACUUUUGGUGCUUUACGAGCUGGACUUUCAGAAGAAUCUCGGGAGUUGGCUGCCGUUUCACUUCAAAGUUUCUGUCCCGUCUCUUCCUCCCCUCUGUUUUACCUUCAGUGCUCCUUGUGAGCUGCUCAUAUUGUACCGAGCUAGCAGCCACCUCAGGAAAAAGUCAGCUCAAAGUGGAUUUCCUGGCCUUUGCGCACUCAUGCGUGGCAGAAUGCAGAGCAGCAGACAUUCUUAUAAGGGCUCCUCUUGUAACCACUGCGUGCCCCACUGCUCCAGAUACCAAGCUGCCAGGUGCUGUGGGAAGUAGAGUGCUAAUCAGUAAUGGGAGCAUCUGUAAUUAUAGAAUCUUUUUUUUCUACUUUUGCAAUCGAUUUGCUUCCUCAAAGGUAAACUUCAGGGUUCAAAUGGUUCAGAUGAAGCUUCCGUUGUUGCACUUAUGUGUUCUAAUCGUUAACGCGAUACGCGCGAGAGAGUUCGGAAACCCGCUCCCAAUUUCUGAAUUCUUCUGAAAGUACUUUCAGAGGGAUGCCGAGGCUCCUCACAGCAGAGAUAGUUUAGUCGUAUUGAACUGGUGGUGUCCCCGAUAAUUUGGCCAAGUUGAGCAAAACUCUCUGUUUUCUGGACCACACCUCUGGCCUUGAUCGCAUUCAUCCAGUCGUGAUCCAAAAUGCUUUGGACCUGUAUGCCUUUUCUCAGUCCCAGUAUGUCCUAAUCUCUUUAUCGAUGCCUUUGUCCAUCUCACAAAACCUCUGUUGAGCCUGCUGUUAUCAUAUGACUGCUCUUAUUUAACUGUGACUCUGAACACGGGGUUGCCAAACCUGAAAUCCCUGUUUUGGCCCUCUGUGGGAGGAUGAAAAUGACACCUUCGUUUAUACGGUUUAUAAGCUCUUUGUUCUCUGGAAAUCAUUGUGCAGCCCACUGAUGUGGCUUAAAAAACAUACACGCACACACACACACACAAAGUAGUUAUGGGCCUAUAAGGUGCAACAGUGAUGUGAAACUUUGCUCUUUUUUUAAAUUUACAGUAGCACUUACUGUAAAUGUUUAUUUUUUUGGUUAUAGCAGCAAGAAAAGCUAAUAGUAUGAAUAGCUGGAAAGGCAGCUAACAUCUAUCCAAUCAUUUGUAUUAGCAUAUUCAAUAUAAUGUGUACUGAAUAUUAAGGACACAGAUGACGUGUACAGCUUGUAGCCUUUAUAUAGAUGUUUGUUUGUUUUGAAAUCCAAGGAUUUUCAAUCAGCGCAUUAAGCUAUUCAGUGGUGUUCCUGGAGAGGUUUUCAGUCUGUUAUGUGAGUUUGAUUGUAGCGCGAUCAGUCUGUGGAAUGUCGGACUGAUUAUGCUCUGGGAUUUGGAGUCCCGCUCUACCCGUUCACAUAAACCAUUAAGCUGAGUCUGCUGGUCUCAAGUGCACUUGUGCUAGUGAAAAGUGAGAAACAGUCAGAAAACACUCCUGCUCUUAUGGCAGUUCCAUAAAAUGCACUGGAACAGCAAAAUGCGAAAAAAAAAUAGUGAAGCAAUUUUUGUAAGGAAGGUUCGACUGCCCGUGGCGGUCGGUAUUACCGUGUGUUAUUAGAUCUCAACAUUGUGGUGCUUGUUAACCUACCGGUGCUUCACAAAAUAGGCUGUAAUUACAAGCGUAACACCUCACAUAGCUGGAUUAUCUCUGUUGAACAGGCACUUAUAACUACAAACUGCAGGCUACCGGCAGUCUUAACUUUAGCUGGAGCAACACUGGUGCUUAUGGAUGAGCGCAAAAAUAGAGCACUUAUUUACACAGCAAUCGUUCUUAUAUCUGUGAUUCUUAGCAUUCUGGAAACCCUAGGUUUCAUUCUUUCCAAGCAGCCAUGCUCUGUAGCGUAGAAACAGACGGGCAGACGUGUUUAUCUGUCUGAACCAGUGCUGUCUUUGUGUCUGAGCCUCCCCAGGCUGCUUCUACUGACCUACAUCCAGACCUGUAUUCCCUAAUCAUCAUCAUCCAAUUCUCUCUCUCUCUGUGAUGCCUGAGCACAGGCGAUAUUUUCUUUUUGUUUUGUUUUUGUUUGUUUGUUUUUUUUUGAAUACCAGAAAUGCUAUUUUCCUAUUUGCAGAAAUAAAAUUAAAAAAAAGAAAAAAGAAAAACACUAAUCCUUUUGCUAUGUUGUUAUUCUAGUAAUGCUUGUUAGGCAGACAUAGAUCAACAUUUGCUAUGAGGUUUACAGUGACAAUGUACCAGCAUGUGAGAAAAUAACAAGUAUAGAAAUGGUGUGAAAGUAUUUUUAUUCACACUCAGUCUUUUUAUAACAAGCUUAUAGUGUGAAAUAUCUGUGUACAGUGUACAGUACAGAAACCAGAAAUCUUGAGUACUGUUCUUAGUGAUAGUUUCGAAUGCACUGUGGGAAACAAAGGUAUCUUAAAAAAGCUAAGGGGCUAUUUGGAGCUGUCUUCUUGGGGUUUUUGUUUUGGGUCCCAGCUUACAUGAAUAGUCUGAUAUAUCUAUUUACUGGCACUAAAUGAGACUUUUUAUGUUCUUGUUGAAGACAAAUAAGUAAAUAGGAAACAAGUUUGACUUUAAUUCACCAUUUGGCCAGAAUCACAUGUCAAAUUGAAUGCUAAUUUCACUUUGUGUCCGGUGUCCAUGCAAAGGUCUGUUAUGAGUAGACUCCAUUUGACUCGUCUAACAUUCAUUGAUUCACAUCAAAAGAAACAACAAGAAACACAGCAAAAAAUUGUCAAGUCCAAGGAAACAUUAGCAUCAAUAUAAAAAUACACAUGCAGAAACAGUGAUUGAAAAAGGAUAGUAACAGAUGUACAACAUUCCCCAACAAAUCUUGGAAGAAAGAAACAUGAAUCUUCAAAUAUCGACAGUUUUGCGGUACUGGCAGGCAAAUUUACCAGCUUCUCUCCUUUCAUUUCUCUGUAGUCACCUGCUCUCUGAUAAUACCAGAGAUUGUCUCAUAGAAGUGACACCAAUCUGAAUUUCCUGCAGUGCUAAAUGACAGCAGGGAUUACAGCACAGCAAAUCUGGCUUUAAAAAAAAGCAGCAGGCAGGUUUCAAUCCUGUAAUUACUUUCCAGUACUCUGAAUCCUGCUGCAUGCUGCACCACCUCUCACUUCGGUAAUCUACAAAGCUAAGAGGAAGCUACAGCUCUCUACACAUAUCAUGUUUUGGCUGUCAGUGUUUUCUAGCUGUGCUUGACUGCAUGGGGAAUGGGAGGGGAACACCUGGAAGGAACUGGGACCAGCUUCAAAGCAAAAAAAAAAAAAAAACAGUUUCCUCCUUUCCUGCUCUGCUCUUGGACACUUUUGCUAAUGUGGCCUGAAUACGCAGUCAUAAAAAUGCUGAUCAUCUGAGUCCUGUUUUGAUUCCUAAACUGUAGGCAGGCAUCUGGCAAGAACGUAGGGCUGAAGAGGAGGAGAGAAGCAAGGAGGGAGUUUCCUGUUAGAAAUGAAAUGUGCCCACAAGCUGUAAUGUAAUAAGAGUAGUCGACAACAGUCAUGACCAGAGGUUACUGUAGGACAAAGCGCUGCGCUGCUCUUUAAAACAGAACAGUUUGGCCUUUAAAAAGCUAUAGAUUUAUUAUGAUCAGUAAAUGGGACCAGAACAUGAAGCUGAAGAACACAGAAGAAGGCUUUCUGUUUAUCUCAAUAGAUGCCUGCAGCAAUUCUUUGUGACUGUUAACAAGAAACUUUGUUGAAGACUACUCCUUUUAUUCCUUCUUACCUUCUUUCAUUCAUCACCCAGCCUAGGUGGAAACUAAAUAGAAUCCAUGUUGGGAUAAAAACACAGCUUAAGGAAAGAUUAGUGUUUAACAACUGUGUAAUUUAAGAGGAUGUGUGAAAAAUAGACAACACAAGUGAAAGUCAGUGAUCUGAAUACUACAAACAAUAUGCAGCUAACUAAUCAAACCUAGAUAAUAAGGAUAAUUUCAACUGUGAUAUUAAUAAUACGUUUUGCAGAUUCUGAAAUCAUACAGAGGCGUUACAUACAGAGGACGUCAGGCGCACGUCACUCAAGACCUGUCUGCCAUGUUGGAUGUAAUCAUCACUAAUCCGUUGUUUACGUAGAAAUUAUCACUACUUUUCCCUCACAACGCCUACAUGCUGCGGGGUUAGGUGCAGUAAUCAUCAAAGACAAUCAAGGACAGAGGGAAAAUCUUUUUCUAAUCAUGUUUUUUAGAUAGAAGAAUACGAGAAAAAAAAACUAAUUAAUGAAUAAAGGCAUCAGAUAAAUAGUAUAACAGUAUAACAAUUAUGGGUUGGUUGAAUUUUUUAAAUAACCAGUAUCUGUUUCAAACAACAUGUACCAUUUAAAAUUUUUACGUUGAUAUUUUCAUUAUUUCUUCUUCGUCUGCCUCCUCCAGCACAAUUCUCGCCUUCUCAUCUCCAUUUCAUCCUCUUCCUCCUGAACUAACGUUAGGGUUCUAACAUAAGAAGUCUCAUAUGAACAUAAUUAUUUAAUCUUGAUAUUACUGCAAUGAGUUAUUGUCAGCAGAUGUGACCCUCCCGUCUCUGGACAGGUAACAAGAGAUGGCUAAGCGACAACGUAACAAGCUAACCAUGCAAGCUAGUCAUGCAAGCUAACAUUAGCCUCUAGCAUCCUAAAACUUAAUUUCCCUCUGAUUUCACUUUCACAUCACAAGAGUUUAUUUGCUAAGUACGAGUCUGCCAACGUCAAAUCCAUUUCAAAAAAAGUUUCAGUAACAGCCGUGAAUACCGGUGAACAGGAGCUAACAGCAGAACACACUGAUGGAAAAUUAUGGCUAUCCAUAUGCCUUGCCGAGUUUUUCCAAAUAACAAGCAAGAUGCUUGUCAAGAAAAUGUACUUCCUCCAAGAGAGUAUAUGUUUACUAUGUUUAGUAAACCGUAUUUCAGGAUUAUUACACAUCCAAAAUGGCCGACAAGUUAAUGUCACAUGUAGGGUUGCCAACUCUUAACUAUCAAAAAAAGGACACUCUGGCCUGCCAGAAGCACAAUGCACAGUCAGAUAGGAAUAGUGUAAAUAGGAACUGUAUGUUCAUAUUCGUACAAUAUAAAUGCAGUACAGUGUUGAUAUUCAGUUUAAUCUGAAACAAUGCAGGAAAAAUACAGUAAAUGAUAACAGAAAUCACAUGGGCAUUUCCUUUGAAAAAUAAGCAAAAAAAAAGACAAAAUAGGAGCUUCAGUCACCCAGUUUAUUAUGCAACUGGGACCAAACGGCACCUUAUUUUUAUGAAUCACACAUCUGGUGCACAUCCUCACAUCUGAUGUGCAUGAUGGGCCAUCACUGAUGGCUGUGACUGGACACAAGCACAAUAGCCCCGGCUAAAACGGGAACCCUUGUCAUGUGGUAAGCGGUCAUGUUUCUGCAAAACCCCUAUAGCCUCCCAGUUUGGGUGAUGAAAUGUUCUUUACAGUGACACAUUUCUCAUCAUUGUAUCCCUUGAGCUCUGCAGCUUGUUUUAGUGUCUUUAAGCACAUUGUUUUUUAUUUUACAGCCUGCUUUUCAGCAUUGCUGUUUUGAUUCUCAAACAGCUCAUAUCUACUUACUUUUAGCAGCAGGCAGCUGCUCUGAACAUAUACAAAUACUCACCAGCACCCCAUCUAGGGGCUUGUGAUUGGACUAUUCCAACACAGUGGUGUGCAAUUACUUUUAUUACAGUGAGACAAACAGAGAUGACAGACCACCUGGCUGUGGCUCAGGUGGUCUGUCAUCAGGUGGUAGAGCGGGUUGUCUGCCAAGUUUGGUGGUUCAAUCCCCGGCUCCCCAAGUCUACAUUUCAAAGUAUCUUUGGACAAGAUUCUGAACCAUAAGUGCCCCCCCCCCCUUCUCCCAUGUAUUCAUUGAAAUGUGACUGUUUGUGUGAACAGUAUGUCUUUUGUCCUGAGCCUGGUUCUGCCAGAGGUUUCUUCCUGUUAAAAGGGAGAUUUUCCUUCCCACUGUCGCCAGGUGAAUUCUCAUAGGGGUCAUCUGAUUAUUGGGGUAUUAUUGCAGGGUUUUUACCUUACAAUAUAAAGCACCUUGAGGUAACUGUUCUUGUAAUUUGUAAAUAUAUAAAUUAAACUGAAUUAGAUCAAAGUGCUUAAAAGCACGAAGGUGUGUGAUUGGGUGAAUGAAGCUUGUAGCAAAAAGUUCUGAGUGUUCAGUUGGGGGUAGAAAAGCACAAGACCAUUUACCACAACAACUGUAGACCUUUGCCUUUUCCACUGCCCUCUAGUGACAAAAAUAUAUUUAAUAAUAAAAGCUGGGUUUGCUUCAGUGCCAAAUGUUAAAAGAAUGUAAGGCUUCUGUGGAAUUCAGCAGUCUUACUCCUGAAAUCUAGAUGUUCACACUGACUAAUGUGACAGGGACCAAAAAUAAAACACAAAACUCAUUACAACUGAUUUUGUCAUGCCUUCAAAGCCCUUAGACUCUCACUGACAGACAAGCCUUUUUCUGACAUCCAGAAAUAUGAGGUUAUUGAAAUCCUACACAAGAUAUUAAUUAGGGCAAUUCAUAUAGAGCAGAUUUCUACUUCAACUGCGAAUGAGUCACUCAUCCGCCAAGUCAAUCCAGCUCCACCACUCUAUAAAUAAUCACCCUCUGGUCUUCGACUGCUUUGCAUUUAUGUCUGAAUAAUGCUGGUAUUUGUUUUAGCUAAAUGUGCCAGUCGGGUCUUAUUCUGCACUCUCACUCUCCAGCCUGAGGUGUAUACAACAGCUCAGACUUUUUUUUUCGUGUAGUAACAUAAUGCUGUUUUGUUUUUUAAAUUGUUAUUAAUUUAUUUUUUUUUAAUAAUACAUAACCUAACCUGUUUUUUCUCAGUUUUUUUUUUAAUGCAGUUUGGCUACAUUUAGCAGUAUGUUUGCUUUCUGACAACAUCAGAUAAUAACAGAUGAAUGUCCACAAUAACAAGACUAGAAUCUGCACAGGGCUCACUGAUGCUACUGUGACUGUUAGCAUACGCUGCCACUUGGUGGUUAAUCUGACAACAUGCAGCUUCUGGACGUGGAGGUUAGAUUGUUUUUUGUUGCUAAUGAUGUUCUGUGCUGAUGGAAAAUCCAAAAUGACGUUUAACAUGGGUUUUUCUUUUACAAAUUGCUUUUUGUAUAAUUUGUAUACACACAAAAUAUAUUUAAAUUGUAAUAUUUUGACUCAAUCAACUCUUUUUUUGGUACACCUUGCUAGAACUGGGCUGGAUCUGCUUGUACCUAUAAUUGGCUUAGUUCUUCAUGGCACAGUUUCAAUAAGAGGUUGAAAGUUUUCCUCAGAGAUUUUGGUGCAUAAUAAUCACAGAAUCACACAUGUGCUAUUGCUCACAUGUGUGAUUCUCACAUGUCCUCACAUCCCAAAGGGCUAUUUGAGUACAUUAAAUUCAGUGUUAUGUUCAAGAAACCAGUUUAAGAUAAUCUAAGGUUUGUGACAUGAUGUCUGCAUCCACCCUGCUGAAACAGCGACACUGUGGAUGGCCAGCAACAAUACUCAGGUAGGCUGUGGUACUUAAAUGAUGCUCAGUUGGUACUAAGAGGCCCAGAGUGUGUCAUGAAAAUAUCCUGCACAUCAUUACACCACCAGCUGCCUGAAUUGUUGAUACAAGGCUGGAUGAAAUGAGUACUUUAUGUUUUGUCUGCCAAAAUCAAGAUUCUUUAGCCCUGGCUGCCAUUUAAUGUUGAUUGAGAGUUCGUAUGAAUUACUGUCUCAGUUUCUAGAUCUUAGCUGACAGGAGUGACAGUGGCCUGGUGUUUUUCACUGUGGCCUAUCUUCUUCAAGCUUGUAGAUGUCGUGGGUUCAGAGAUGUUUUGCAUAUCUUGGUUGUAAUGAGGAUUUAUUUCACUUCCUGUCGGCUGAAAAUAAGCCAUUCUCUUCUGACCUCAAUGGAUAAUUUCUCUUUUUCAGACCACUCUUAAAGAGAUGGCUGGAGUAGAUCAGCAGGACUUAUGUUCAGACUGCCAUGGAUAUUUAUUUGAGUGUUAAAAACAGGAAAAACUGCCCACAGCAGCAACGUUCUGUGCUUCUUUUUUUUAAUCUUUUCUAUUAUAUAAUCUAUUUUUCAACUUCCUCUUCUUGGUAAAUUCUGCUGUCACUUCCUUUGCUGCUCAUGUCCACUUUUCAGCUGAUCAGCAUUCUUUCUGUUGCCUAACAUCAUAUGCAUGUGGCUCGGUUGAAGGCCCGCACACACUGGACACAUGGACUGGCUAUUCACACUGUGAAUAGCCAGUCCAUGUGUCAAAUACAUGCAGUGCUGCGAAAAAGUAUUUGCCCCCUCGUACCAGGGUGAUCAGCCUCUAGCGGGGUCGACUUCCCGUUACCUCCGGUCCUCUGGGACUCUUUGGCACUGGGCACCCCAUCUAGGGCCUCCCUCCUUCUCCUGCUGGGAUGGGCGUACAGUUGUCUUUGGUACUCUUGGGGGCUGCUGUUGUCCUGGUUCCUGUUUGCAUCUCUGUAUAUAUAACGACACACUCUCUCUCUCUGAAGAUUUCAUAGACCACGGAAUAUAGGCCAUUAAAAUUUCCCAACACCAGUGUCUGGAUGUCACUGUAAAGUUCUUCCUCCCCACUGUUGCCAAGUACUUGCUCUCUCUUAUAUUGUAGUCUUUAAUUGAAAUUCGAUUUGAAUAAAGAGACCAUUUAAAUGGUACACUUUAUUACACAAUAUGUGUUAAACAGAUGAUAAAGUACCCACUCCACAAAUAAGAAUUUAUUUGUUUUUUAAAACAGUCCCACAAACAUAAAUCAGAGACACAUUGUAACUAUUCUGAGAGUUUUCAUUUCGAAUUUGAAUGCAAUUACAGUUGUGACAGACUCAAGCAGAUUAUUCCAGUGACACAGGGUUUUUAAAUCUUUGAAGUUAUUC